AUGCACUUUCGCCCGGUCGACCAAUCGAUGGAUGACGAGUAUCUCGGGCAUGGAGGCGGAGGCGGAGGCGGUUCUGUCGAUGCGACGGCGAUGGCACCGGAAGCUGAAGUUCGCUCUGGCUCUGGCGGCAUGUAUUCUUCUCUCGACGACGUGUUUGGCUCUGAACCCGAAUCAUUCCCGGCGUCUGGCGAUGGCAAUGCCGCUGCUGUCGUCACAUCUCUCGACAGGCCUGGAAGCCCUCGUCAUCCAUCUGAUAUGCGGCGGCUGGAGACAGAACACGCAACUGCGGGGUACCGCGAGGGCAUCUCGACGGCAAAGGAACAGACCGUCCAAGCUGGCUUCGACGAGGGCUUCAGUCUCGGGGCCACGAUUGGCCUGGCUGCAGGUCAGCUGCUCGGUAUGCUGGAAGGCAUCGACGACGCUCUGAAAAGCAGGCUGGGCGGCCAAGCCGGCAGCCAAGAUGGACAAGGCACAGCAUCUGCAACGGCCACCUCCGAGUUGCUGGCAGAGGCGAGACAAGAGUUGAGCGUGGUCAAGAUUUUCAGCCCGGAUUACUGGGCCCCUGAUGGAAACUGGAGCUACGACGUCGAGUCCCAUGGCGACGGCGACGGCGACGGGAUCCUGUUCCCUGAUGUGGCAAAAGCCCACCCCUUGAUAAGGAAGUGGACCGCCAUCGUUGACGAGCAGGCCAGGCUGUGGAAGAUUGACCGGUCUGUGCUGGAUGGCGAUGCGAGCAUGGAGGCUGCAGCAGACGACGCAACCACUGCUGGCACCAGCACUACCACGAUUCCGCUCCCUCCGCCUGCAUCCAGGCAGCCUUUGGAUUGGUGA